UCUUCUUGUCCGAGAGCGCGACAGCGAGGGCGAGAAGAGUGAGCGAGAUAGUGCAGGUGAAGGAGUGAAGAAGCCUUUGCUGAUUCGGCGAACCCAAUCUUCUUUUGAUCACGUUUGAACUGUUGGUGUCCGUUAUCAGACGAUCUAGGGUUUUGCUCCGCCAGCUCCUCGUUGGGAUUCUUGCUUGUUUUUUGAUAGUUAGAAAGGCCAAGAGAAGGUCGAGAGAGAUUUAGGGUUGUGGUCAGAUUGUGGUUGUUUUGAUUUGGAAAUGUCGGGAGUGAAUCGGCGUUCGUCGUUCUCGUCGUCGGCGACGUGUUCGUCUCUAACGAAGCGGCCGGCGGUUGAGAAUGUGGCUAAGGUUUCGAUUUCUGCACCAGAGCAGGCCAAGAAAAGGGUGGCGCUCGGGAAUUUGACUAAUCAGAACAAUGCGGGGAGGAGUGGUCCCCGGUUGCCGGCAAUAAAGGGUUUCAAUAAGGUCACUACUGCCAGUUCAGCAUCAAAAGUGCGUAAGGGAUCUGCUCCGAGCAGCUCAAAUCAAAAUUUUCAACGUGACUCUGCUAAGUUUCCAUCUCUUGCCAAACCUGCUUCUACUGUGUCAAGGAUAACUGCUACACCUUCAAUUAGAGUUGGGCAAAAUGCAGCUGUAUGUCCCUUUCUUGUUCCCUGCAGCAAUGUUAAAUCGCCAAUUCACUCUGUUGAUUCAGAAUCUAUGGAUGAGACUAUGUCAACUAGUGAUUCCUUAAAGAGUCCUGAUUUUGAAUAUAUUGACCAUGGUGAUUCUUCAAUUGUGGCAUCAUUAGAAAGACAAGCAACAUAUAACCUCCACAUAUCAGAUCGUGUUAAUUUAAAUGGAAAUGCUUGGAAUAGUGAUAUCCCUGUUUCAAUAUAUGGGGCUGUUAAUAUACCAAACGUUGAUGACAAUCAGGAAGAUCCCCAGUUGUGCGCAUCACUUGCUUGUGACGUUUACGAGCAUUUACGCUUAGCUGAGACUAAGAAGAGGGCUUCUACUGAUUUCAUGGAAAGAGUUCAGAAGGACAUAAAUGCAAGCAUGCGUGCGAUUCUAAUAGACUGGCUAGUAGAGGUUGCAGAAGAAUAUCGGCUUGCGCCUGACACAUUAUACCUCACAAUAAACUAUAUUGACCGGUAUCUAUCUGGGAAUGAGAUUAAUCGCCAACGUUUGCAGCUAUUAGGAGUUGCUUGCAUGUUUAUUGCAGCAAAAUAUGAAGAGAUUUGUGCUCCACAAGUAGAAGAAUUCUGUUACAUAACUGACAAUACAUAUUUCAAAGAUGAGGUCUUACAGAUGGAAGCUGCUGUUCUGAAGUACCUGAAGUUUGAAAUGACAACACCAACAGCCAAGUGUUUCUUAAGGAGAUUUGUUCGAGUUGCUCAAUGUUCUGAUGAGGCGCCUUCACUGCAUCUAGAAUUCCUAGCUAGUUAUGUAGCCGAACUAUCACUCCCAGAGUACAACAUGCUUUGCUAUUCACCAUCUCAGAUUGCUGCUGCUUCUGUGUUUCUUUCAAAGUUUAUCCUUCAACCAACGAAAAAACCUUGGAACGCAACUCUUACGCAUUACACGCAAUACAAACCAUCUCAACUAUGCGACUGUGUGAAGUCUUUGCAUCGUUUGUGCUGCAGCAGUUCUAACAGUAAUUUGCCUGCUAUAAGGGAGAAAUACAGCCAACAUAAGUACAAAUUCGUGGCGACCAAGUACUGCCCACCAGUCAUCCCUUCAGAGUUCUUCAAUGAUCUGAGUAGUUAGGCUGAAGGUUGAAGAGUUAGAUCCAUGAUUGUCUGGUCAACUCAACUAAUCAGUCUUUCUAAGGUGUUUCGACUGUAUCUAAUUGUGCAUUUAGUGUUUCGAAUGUUGAUCUUCUGAAUGCACAUUUUACCAUCAUACCGAUGGUUUUCUGAUGAUGAUGUAAUGCCGAGCUUUCUGCUGGGGAUAACUUGCAAGAGAUCCCCUCACCAGUUCCUAUAAUUUCAUUGACUUUGUUUUUGAUGUAGAGGAUGAUGUUUGUAUUUUCUAAAAAAAAUUCGUAGAUGAAAUUGCUAUGGUAUUAUUAUUCGGCCAUAUAUGA